AUGCCUAUUGCCAUAGUCUAUAUGACAUUAGACUUUGGUUUUUCAGCAACGACUCAAGGUGUUAUAUUGUCAUCAUUUUUUUUUGGUUAUCUAACAACACAAGUUUUAAGUGGUGCACUUGCCGAUAAAUAUGGUGGAAAAUGGAUAUUAGGUGCUUCUGCAGCAUUAUGGACACUAUUUACCUUUCUUACACCAAUUUCUGUUAAGGUUGGUUUAGGAUAUCUCAUAGUAUGCCGAAUACUUUUAGGUGUUGCCGAAGGAGCAUGUUUUCCGUCUGUAAAUUCCUUGAUUGCUGCAUGGUUUCCAACAGAGGAAAUUAGUAAAGCAGCUUCAGCUAUUUUAUCCUCUGCUUAUUUAGGAAUUGUUAUUGCCUGGCCGAUAUCAACUUGGUUAGGAUCAGGCCCUUUUGGCUGGCCUAGUAUUUUUUGGACUUUUGGAAUGGUUGGAUUAAUUUGGUCUAUAUUAUGGCAAAUUUAUGGUAAAAGUAGUCCAAAUGAAUAUUCAGGAAUAAGUCAAGAAGAGUUGGAAUUAAUUUUAAGAAGCAAACAAAAGAAAACUAGUGAAAAUUUGAGUUAUAAUAGAAUAGAAUCAAGUGAAAUUGUUAUUGAAUCGACGACAAACGAGAAUGAUAAUGUAGCUCCUGAUGCUUCAUUAACUGAAAUUGCAUCUGAUAAUGAAUCUGGGUCUGAAGUUGAUGCACUAUUGCCCAAAAAUUCGGUAUUGUCAAGUCCAAAAGAAGUUCCAUGGAAACUCAUUCUUUCUCGUCGUGAAGUGUGGGCUAUACUCAUUACUCAAUUUUGUAACGCAUUUGGUAACUUUAUUUUGCUCAACUGGUUACCUAUUUAUUUUUUGGAUCGUUUUAAGCUAGAUCUUAAAGAUUUUGUUACCCAUCCUGUAAAAGCUACUCCUAUUACAGCUGGAAUUGCGGCACAA